AUGUCCAGCAAAGGGAGCAGCACAGAUGGCAAAACAGACUUAGCUAAUGGAAGCCUGUCUAGCAGUCCAGAGGAGAUGUCUGGUGCUGAGGAGGGGAGGGAGACAUCCUCAGGCAUUGAAGUGGAGGCUUCAGACCUGAGCUUGAGCUUGACUGGGGAUGAUGGUGGCCCCAACCGCACCAGCACAGAGAGUAGAGGCACAGAUACAGAGAGCUCAGGUGAAGACAAGGACUCUGACAGCAUGGAGGACACCGGUCAUUAUUCCAUCAAUGAUGAGAGCCAAGUCCAUGACCACUCGGAGGAAGAGGAGGAGGAGGAGGAGGAGGAGCACCCUCGUCAUCGUGUGCAGCGCAAGCGGGCCAAUCGUGACCAGGACUCAUCGGACGAUGAGCGGGCCCUGGAAGACUGGGUGUCCUCAGAGACAUCAGCCCUGCCCCGACCUCGCUGGCAAGCCCUUCCGGCCCUUCGGGAGCGGGAGCUGGGUUCAAGUGCCCGCUUUGUGUAUGAGGCUUGUGGGGCAAGAGUCUUUGUGCAGCGUUUCCGCCUGCAGCAUGGGCUUGAAGGCCAUACUGGCUGUGUCAAUACUCUGCACUUUAACCAACGCGGCACCUGGCUGGCCAGUGGCAGCGAUGACCUGAAGGUGGUGGUUUGGGACUGGGUGCGGCGGCAGCCAGUAUUGGACUUUGAGAGCGGCCACAAGAGCAAUGUCUUCCAGGCCAAGUUCCUUCCUAACAGUGGUGACUCCACCCUGGCCAUGUGUGCCCGUGAUGGACAGGUUCGGGUGGCAGAGUUGUCAGCUACGCAGUGCUGCAAGAACACAAAGCGCGUGGCCCAGCACAAGGGGGCGUCCCACAAGUUGGCCCUGGAACCAGACUCUCCCUGUACGUUUCUGUCUGCCGGUGAAGAUGCAGUUGUCUUCACCAUUGACCUCAGACAAGACCGCCCAGCUUCGAAACUGGUGGUGACAAAAGAAAAGGAGAAGAAAGUGGGGCUGUAUACAAUCUAUGUGAAUCCUGCCAAUACCCACCAAUUUGCAGUAGGUGGACGAGACCAGUUUGUAAGGAUUUAUGACCAGAGGAAGAUUGAUGAGAAUGAAAACAAUGGAGUACUCAAGAAAUUCUGCCCUCAUCACCUGGUGAACAGUGAGUCCAAAGCAAACAUCACCUGUCUUGUGUACAGCCACGACGGCACAGAGCUCCUGGCCAGCUACAAUGAUGAAGACAUUUACCUCUUCAACUCCUCUCACAGUGAUGGGGCCCAGUAUAUUAAGAGAUAUAAGGGCCACAGAAAUAAUGCCACAGUAAAAGGCGUCAAUUUCUAUGGCCCCAAGAGUGAGUUUGUGGUGAGCGGUAGUGACUGUGGGCACAUCUUCCUCUGGGAGAAAUCAUCCUGCCAGAUCAUUCAGUUCAUGGAGGGGGACAAGGGAGGCGUGGUAAACUGUCUUGAGCCCCACCCUCACCUGCCUGUGCUGGCAACCAGUGGCCUCGACCAUGAUGUCAAAAUAUGGGCGCCCACAGCUGAAACUUCCACUGAACUUACAGGGUUAAAGGAUGUGAUUAAGAAGAACAAGCGGGAACGGGAUGAAGAUAGCUUGCACCACACUGACCUAUUUGAUAGCCACAUGCUCUGGUUCCUCAUGCACCACCUGAGACAGAGACGCCAUCACCGGCGCUGGCGAGAACCUGGGGUUGGGGCCACAGACGCCGACUCUGAUGAGUCUCCCAGCUCCUCAGACACAUCGGACGAGGAGGAGGGUCCUGACCGGGUGCAGUGCAUGCCAUCCUGA